CGGCCGGGCUGGGGGUUCCUCUGUCGCCACGCCCCUAGGGCUCCCCUGCCACGUGACCGGGGUUCGGGCCGCCCUGCCGGGGGCGAUGCCCAGUCGGAAGCGGAAGCGGUUUUGGAAUGCAGAGUGCACGUCCUUCCCAGAUGAGACAACCCUACAGCUGAAAAAAUCAAGUCUCAGGGCAUCAGUGGCUGCAGCUUCCAUUUCCAGUGCGUGGCUUAGGUGUGGGGAUGGCUUUGAGAGUACUUCUAUGCUGGAGUCACUGAGAUCUGCUGAUAAUAAAUCUAAGACUAAGAAGCACCUUGGACCACUCUUAACAACUGCUGAAAGCCCAGUUGGAUCUGCUGCUGAAAGCUCUAAGGAAGUUGAAGACAUAAUUUGGACCUCUAGUGGCAGUGAUUUUUCAGAUAAUGAAAAUAAAACAUCGAUUUCAAGGUUACACAGCAAAAAAAGUCUCACUUGCAAAGCAGAGAAGUCACAGGGCAGGCAUUUUUUAUUAGAGGACAGAAGUGAUGAAGAGUUUAUUGACUGGGAGAAGGAUAGUGAUUCUGCAGAUGAAUGUAAUGAAUCUGAGAAAGAUGACAGCUCACUGGAGAUAUCGGACACUGACUCCUGCACAAAUCUUAAUUCUCUACCUGGCCAAGAGGAGAAUGAUGAGCUUUGUAAGUUGGCAGAAAUUUCUGAAUAUUCAUCUGACAAUGACUAUGUGGAAGAAGCGGACACACAGCCCACUGAUCCAGGAUUCAUUAAGAAAUUGCAGUUGAGUGUGGGAGAAGCUGCAGCAAGACCUGCCAGCGAUUGGCUCAAGUCUGCACAGGCCCUUCUACAAACACCUAAGAAACAGUCAGGCAAGGCCUCAAGAACCCCGGAAGAUUCUGCUAAAAAAAGGAAAUUACUGAGGGGAGGGCUGGCUGAGAGAUUGUGUCGACUGCAGAACAGAGAAAGAUCUGCUAUUAGCUUUUGGAGACAUCAGUGCAUUUCAGAUGCUAAAAUCCCAUCAGAUAAAUCUGGUGUUUUAAUUGUGAAGAUCUUAGAAAUGUUUGAGGAGUGUAUGAUACAAGUUGCCAUCUGCCAGCAGCUGGAAGAGUCUCCUGCUAUCAUUUCAUCCGAAGACCUUGUCAUCAGUACAAGAGAACCGAUAAUCAAAGUCCUUUUUGCAAGAGAGACAGCAGCUCACCUGAAGAGUAGGCCACAGGAUGUCAUCCACAUCUAUCCCCCAUGGCAAAAGCUACUUCUCAAGAAUGCAGAUAUUCCUGUUAUCAUGAAUACAUAUUUCAGUCAGAAGGUAUUACUCAGCGAACACUUAGAAACAAGCAAGACACGAGGUCCUACAAAGAUGCUUAUUAGAAAGAAUAUUGUAUCUUUGGCACAGACAUUCAAACUAGAUGACCUUGACAAGCAACCCCAGGAAUCUUCAAAUAAUCAGGUGGCUUGUGCUCCACAAAUCCAUAACACCUGUGAUCCUAAAAAGCAUCCCUUAGCACUGGGUGCUGUUAAUGAUUCUCUGCUUGAAAUGGUGGAAAGCCAAGGAGCAGUGGGAUGGAGAGAAGUGCAGGUACGAGUCGUUAUCCAAAGGGUGUACUAUUUGCCUGCAAGAGAAGGUUUCAGAAGCCAGAUUCAAGGAAACAAGCCUGUCUGUGCUACACCCAUCAUAAAUUCAGAUCCACUAAAUGUUAGGUUAUGCCUCCUUGUCCAGGAUGCCUAUGGCAUGUUCAGUGAAGUGCAGCUACAGUGUCUGGAUUCUGCAAAAGACCUUGAGCAGUACUGCAAGAGAUGGGAGGGAAAAUUCUGCUGUUUAGCUGGAAUGAAAAUUUUGCAAAGAACGACAAGAGGAAGGGCGUUAGGACUUUUCAGUCUGAUAGACAGUUUGUGGCCUCCAGUAGUGCCUGUAAAAGUUCCUGGACAAAGUCAAGACUCUGAAAUGAUGACAACUAAUCUGCCUCCUCCCAGCUUCUGUUAUGUUCUGACUGUUCAGUCUGGUGAAAUACACAUGGAAGUGGAUGAGGAAGAGACGAUUUCUAAAUUGUACCAGCCACCAACUGUGCAUAAUCUAAAGGAAAUUCUUCAGAUGGGUGGUUGUCAUGAACGUUGUAGCUUUUGGGCACGAGUACUGUAUCUAAGGCCACAGACAAAACACAGUGUUCCUGUAAAUCAAAGAGAGAUGUUGUUGUUUGUGACUGACUUCACUUUGCAAAGUGUAGUUCGUGGAAUUCCAAAAGUUGUUGCUGUGUCAGUCACUGCAUCAUGUGUUCUCAGUACGGAAAUCAUAGAAGCCCUCAAUGUUGCCUCACGAUUCAUCUUCUUCAAGGAUGCCCUGUGGGGAAAUGCUGUGAGCCCUCGGGUGCCAUGCAGGUCCUGUGAGAUGGUGGUUCAGUCUGCAUUCUUUUUUAGUCAUUUGUAUGAAUGAGGCUCACCCAUCCUUCUGUGUGAUGUACGCCUGUGUAAUUCACCUCUCAUGCCUUUGCUCAUUUCCAAAAUGCAACUAUGUAAGUGGCUGUGAGUCCUGUCACCACAUCCUCUAAUCAGUCUGUUUUCCCUUGCUAACUGAGGUUGCAUUGGUUUCAUUUAUUUGGAGAAUAAAGUAUUGCAUGCACCUACGCUUUGUAAUCUUAAACAAACAAAUAAAAAUAGAACAACCUUGAGGGCGACCAAGCUUUUUACUAGGGAAGAGACAAGAACUUUCUGUUUCCAGCGUGGUACAGUGCAGUCUGGAUGGAAUCUGCUUUGCUUUUGUAGCAUGUUAGAAUUUUAGAGAAUUGUUUUCCCCGAGAGUCACAAAAUGUGACAAGAGCAUGCUGCGUGUAUCACUGAAAGCAAAAUAUUUUGUCAUUGAGAAAACCUGGUAGAGUCUAUCCAUCUGUUUAGUAGCUGGCAGUGACAAAUGUCUUUAUUGGCCAUGACAGUUAUCAUGGUCACCUUUUUCCUUGUUACUGUACUGAGUUGAAAUGUCUUU